AUGGCAAUUAGUAACACCCCAAAAUCGGUCAUCGUCACCGGCGGCGCCAGCGGCAUCGGCCUUACCAUAGUACGCCACUUUGCCUCGCAAGGCGGCAAGGUCGCCAUCUUCGAUGUCAACGCAGCUUCUGGCAAGUCAAUCGCGUCUGACGUUGCUUCAGAGUAUCCUCAAUCUACGGUGACCUUCCACCAAUGCGAUGUUUCUUCGUGGAAGGAACAGGCUCAGGCAUUCUCGGAUGUCUAUAAUGCAUUUGGCAGGAUUGAUGUUGUCUUUGCCAAUGCUGGUAUAGCGGAAGGGAUGUCAAACGCCCUUGCAACUAUCCACCCCGACGCUCCUCAAGAGCCGAACCUAAAGGUUGUAGCCGUGGAUUUGAAUGGUGUCAUCUAUUCUGUUAAGCUUGCCACUCACUACAUCAGCAAGAACGAAAUAUCCGAAGACUCUCGUGGCUCCAUCAUCUGCACUGCGUCAGAUGCCGCUCUUUAUCCGUUCCCAGUCGGACCGAUGUAUGCAGCUGCGAAGGCUGGCGUGAUCGGUCUCGUACGGUCGACAGCUCCCAUACUUGAAGAUCUCAAGAUUCAGAUCAACACAAUGGCACCAGCAGCUUUAGUCACAAAUAUCAUCCCCGAUCCAGAAAUGUACAAACACAUGGUAGUCACGCCAAUGUCUACCCUGAUCAAGGGCGUAUCGCAGAUUAUAAAUGAUACAAGUCUCAACGGCAAAGUCGUAGAGAUUCACGACGAAAAACCGACCAUACGCGAUGAGCCCUAUCAAUUUGUGUCUGAUGGAACUCGACACAACCAAGAAAAAGCGUGGGAAAUGUUCAAAUUCUUUAAGGCUUCGACGGGAGGCCUUCAUGCUCCAUAG